UGAGACCCCGCCCACAUCAGUUGUCACAGCUCAUGGUGCCUUCAUGUUCCUCGGAAAACUGAAGGAGUACUAAACGGCAUAAAAGAGUUGCAGUAACUUACGUGUUGGGACCGAUUUUGUGGACAACAAUCAGGAAACGAAAAUAGAUCGAUGGACGGGCAAGAAAGAGUCAAAUGAUUCACUCGUGUAUCAUUUAAUUGGAUAAUAAUGAAACGUUACGUCAGUAAAAGUGAAAAGGCAAACAGAGUAAACCACGACACCGACAUUUACGAGGGGUACGCGAAGGCAACACGGGGGCGGGAACUUUGCGAAUUGGUCCACCAUUCCUCAAGCGAGUGCAGGCUGAAUGGGAAGAAGGCAGUCACCGCUUCGCCCAGACUUGUCGUCAGCGUUGAGUUCUUUUGGCCGGAGUAAGCGGCACGAUGUCCGGUAGCUGGUGGAGCAGCGCGGCGGUGACCCACGGGCUGGUGGCCCUGUUCGCCAUGGGCUCCUGGAUAUCCGUCAACAGCCUGUGGGUCGAGCUGCCGGUGAUAGUGAACGUGCUGCCCGAAGGAUGGAACCUGCCGGCCUAUCUCUCGGUGCUGAUCGCGUUCGGGAACGUCGGUCCGAUAGCGGUGACCGUCACGCACCACUGCGCUCCGGGGCGCCUGAACGAACGCCUCGUCAUCCACUGCGUCCAGGCGCUGGCCAUCGUGGCGUCCGCUCUCCUCGCCGUCUUCUGGUCGCACACCGUCGCGAUCGCCGGAGGCGAGAGGUCGCUGCUCUUCCUGCUCUUCGCCUUCGUGCUGUCGACGGUCUGCUGCACCUCCAACGUCACCUUCCUGCCCUUCAUGUUCAGCUACCCCUCCCAGUACAUCCGUACGUUCUUCAUCGGGCAGGGCCUCAGCGCCUUGUUCCCGUGCAUCGUGGCGUUGGGGCAAGGCGUCGGCAAGCUGCAGUGCCCGACGGUGAACGGCACGGUGCGGCCGGAGUAUUUGAAGGAGAACUUUCCGGCGCAGAACUUCUUCUGGUUCCUGUGCGUCAUGCUGUGCGUCUCGGCUCUGAGCUUCCAGGCUUUGAUGCGGAGGCGGACGAAGUCGCCGGAAAACGCACCGCGACAGGAGGCGGGCGACGCGGCAAAAGGCGGAGAGGAGGCGCACCCGCUGCACAACGGCGGCACAACGGCGUCGGAGGAGCGGCCGCAGGCGUUUUGGACGCGGCGGAACGUUUACCUGCUGGCGCUGCUCGCCGUCUCCAACGCCCUCACCAACGGCGUUCUGCCCUCCGUGCAGAGCUUCUCCUGUCUGCCCUACGGGCCCGUGGCCUUUCACCUCUCCGUCGUCCUCGGCAACAUCGCCAACCCGCUGGCCUGCUUCCUCGCCAUGUUUGUUGUCCUGAGGUCCUACACUGGUCUGGGCCUCUUGUUUUCAGCAGGAGGCGUAUUCGCUGCGUACCUCAUGGCGUUGGCAGUCCUCAGUCCCUGCCCGCCACUUUUGGGAAGCUCUGCUGGCGUGGCCUUGGUGGUCGUCUCCGGGAUCGUUUUCACCGGCCUCUACUCCUACAUGAAGGUGGUGAUCGGGACUCUGCUGCACGAGGCGGGUCACGCCGCCCUGCUGUGGUGCGGCAUCUCCAUCCAGGCCGGCUCCCUCAUCGGAGCCCUCGCCAUGUUCCCUCUGGUGAACGUCUAUCCCGUGUUCAAGCGGGCUCAGGAAUGCGUGAAUAACUGCACCCGCACAUAACUUGGAGAUGUUUUUAUGAUGGUUUUCUUUUUGGAGACACAGUUCCCACUCAUUCGACAUGGGAAAUGACAGUUUUAACCCAGUUGUUGGGCUCCAGGAGAACCAGAUCGGCCCGCUUCCGAUUCAGAGGCCUCGCGGCCCCAGGAAACAUUCCUAGAUAAUGGGAGCAUUGUUAUGCUGCACAUUGGCCGAGGGGAACUGAAAUACAUAUGAAGUAGUAAUACCACAAGUGCUUUGUGUGGUAUAUAUAAUCUCUGUGACAACAACAGCAGCUGAGGGAUUUGUUUUUCUCCCACAACAAACCAAAAGAAGCGAAAAAAGUACUCAGGGACACGAUCCAUGACUUCAUCCUCCUGCUGCAGGUAGGCCGUCACAGCAACUCAUUACUUUGGAUUAUAUGUAUAUAUUUUUAUUUUUUUUAUUUUUUAUUUUAUAUAUAUAUAUAUACAUACACACAUGGUCCUCCAAAUAAUUGAGAUUAAUGAUAUUAUUGUCGAAGUCAAUUUUCUGCCACUGAUGUAAGGAUAAUAUAAAAGUCUUAAGCCGCGUUCACACCAAAAGCGUUGCGAAAUACUCACGUGAGUUUACUAGCGUGACCAUUUAUUGCUUUUUGCGUGAGGGGCGGGGCUUAUCUCUGGCUUUACUCCGUGGAAACAGUCAUCAUCUCCUUCAUCCACCAUAAAGGACUCACCACUAAUUCUGCUUCGUACUUGUUGAGGACAUCCCACACACGUCUGAACAUCUAACGCCCUCGUGUUUGAGUUCAUAAUAUUAAUAUAUAUAUAUAUUCCUCUUCAUGAAUGUCUGCUGCUUCCAGCUCCAUUAGAGGAACAGCAGUUAGAUUCACCAACGGCGGAGCAGCUCAACGCUGAUUGGCUUUCGCAACUCGGCGUCGAGUACAUUUUUCGCCAAAGUUGGAAUAUUUCAACUUGAAGCAAAUAUUAGCGCAAACAAUUAGCGUCUGUACGAUGACUUUGCUCAUGGGAUCUACUUGCGUGAAAAAUGUGGUCUUGCUUUUGGUGUGAACGCGGCUCAAUACUGCAUUUCAGACGUAGGAAUUGAAAUGUAAUUUUUGUGACCGGCCUAACGACCCAUAAAGAACGGAACGUCGUGUUUCUCUUUUUAGUGUUCAUCAGUGUCUAUUUUUAAAUGUUCGUCUACCUCUUUGCUUUAAUUCCAUGGUACGCUGUUAACAUAAUUUAAGUUCUUCCGUUGACAAAGAGAAGCACAUGAUUUAAAUCCAGUUAAACACUCAGUUCAUGCAGCGACUUGAUUUCAUGCCAAAAUAAUUCAUGUGCCUGAAACAUGUUGAACUUUUAUAAAACACAGCCUUUAGAUUCUCAUGUUUUAUAAAACUAGUUUAUUUACUUUUAUUUUGGAUUAUUAUUCAUUCCAAAUUCAGUAAUGUUAUGUCAUAUUUAAAGGACCAAUAGCGGGCCUCGUAAUAAUUCACAGUGCUGGUAUCCAAAAGGGUUGCGUCAUCUCAGUCUUUAAAAUAAUAUUGAGUAUCUUGUGUUAUACUUUGUACAACUUUUAUUUCCCGUGCUGCUAUCGUACAUCAGAUUUAAUAAACUUGAUGAACUCUGCAUAGGAAGAAUCUCUCUUUACGUCAUUAAAUAAGAUCGAGCUGUUAAAUUAUCUGCUGCCUUUACAAGAACUGAUUGUUUGAAGAGUUCAGCCAAUGAGCUCAAGGAUUAUUUUAUUUUAUUGAUUGUCAAAUUGCUGAGGUUGACAUGAUUAUCAAGUCUAUGACAUAUAAUUGGUGAACAAUAAAGCGACUGAUCUGAGGAAUGUUGCUGUAAAAAUGUGCUUCAUUGAGAGUUUGACGAGAUGCAAAUGUUAAAGUAAAUAAAAUCCAUCUACCAGCACCUAAAGUUCUCAUUUUGUCUUGCUUCUGAAAAAUCAAAGUGAAACUAAGACGAGUUGUGGUUUCACGAGAGGGGGGAUUUUAAUAAAUUAUCUGUUUCCAGACUUUAUGCUAAGCUAAGCUCACUGGUUGUUGCCUUAGUGAGUGCUGUUGAUAUUCCCCACUAACCUAAACCUUUUCCUGUCAACAAAUGAUGCCUCACAUGGUUCAUCUAAUACAAACUGAUCUUGUUUUAAUACAA